GGUUGCUUUGUGAGUUUCUUUUUGUUCCAAACAGAGACUAAUUAAGAUGGACCAAUCCCAGAAUGCGAGUUACCAAGCUGGACAGACCAAGGGCCAAGCUGAGGAAAAGGCAAGCGGCAUGAUGGACAAGGCAGGCAAUGCUGCCCAAGGUGCCAAGCAAUCAUGCCAAGAGAGUGGUGAGCAGAUGAAGUCCAAGGCGCAAGGGGCUGUUGAUGCCGUAAAGAGUACACUUGGUGCAAACAAAUGAAACUAAUGAAGCUCAUCGUAGGAGAACCAAAAAUCCUCUUUCUUUAUCAUCGAUCAAUCACCGUUGAAGACCCAAGAUUUUCCUCAAAAUAAAUUUUGUUUGAAUUUUUGUUUUUCACUUUCUUAAAUUCUUGCUCUGAUUGAUCUGAUUGUGAUCAAUUUGUCAUUUGAAUCAAUUAAGUGAGCUCUUUUACAGAGUUUUUUUUUU